AUGGAGGUAGAAGAAAAUCCUGGUAAUGAUGAGAUGUGUGAUUUAGAUGUCAUGGAUUCAGAUGUUGAACUUCCAAGUUUGAAGAAAACAGUUGGUACACAGUGUGAUACUGGAGUGAUAAUAGAGGAGAACAACAGGUUAAAAGAAGAAUUGAAAGCUGCAAGAAUGGAACUGGAAAAAGAAAAGUGGAGUGUUUCGAAAAUUGCUGACAAUGAUGGUCUUACAAAGUUUUAUACAGGUCUUCCAACUUUUGAUAUUUUUUUAUGGCUUUUUACUUAUCUUCAGGAUAAAUGUUCUAGGAUGUCUUAUUGGACAGGUGAAAGUAACAUAUCUAAUGACCGAAUACGUGUCCACACUACAUUUUUAAAACCCAUUGAUCAAUUUUUAGCUGUUUUAAUGCGAAAUCGUUUAGGUCUUUUUGUUCAAGAUAUUUCAGACAGAUUUAAUAUUGCUGUUGGAACUUUUUCUAAAUAUUAUUAA